AAUAUUAUUAAUCUUACAAAAGAUAAUUUGCACUUAGCCCAAGAACGACAACAACAAUAUGCCAACAAACACCACUGUGAACUUACCUUUGAAGAAGGAGAUAAAGUUCUACUCGCUCCUAAAUUUAUGGGACCUUAUAAAGUUGAAAAAGUUAUUUCCACUACCGCAUACCGACUAAGACUAUCUUCUAAUCUGAAGAUCCAUUCUGUCUUCCAUGUAUCAAUGUUAAAACCUUAUAAAGAAAAUCUAACUGACUUUAACUGUAACCUGUCACCACUACCAGAGAUUAUUCCUGAAACCAAUAAAGAGGAAUAUGAAGUAGAAACAAUUUUGGACAAGAAACUAAUGCGUAGAAAACCCUUCUACUUGGUCAAAUGGAAAGGAUACCCAUUGCAUGAUGCCACAUGGGAGCCCAAGAAAAACUUGAUAAAUGCUGCUGACAUGGUAACAAAUUUUGAGAAUUCACGAGGAUGUUGA